UGCGGGGCGGGCGGCGGAGGCAGCAGGGGAGCCCGAGCGGCUGCGGGGAUGAGCGCCUCGGCCGCCACCGGCGUCUUCGUCUUGUCCCUCUCGGCCAUCCCGGUGACUUACUUCUUCAACGCCUUGGCCGCCCCGGGCAGCUCCUGGGCCAUCGUAGCCGUUGGACUGCUGGUCCUCCUCUUAGUGGCUCUUGCAGCUCGAUUUCUGGUGAAGAGAAAAUCACCCAAGGACCCACUCUUUUAUAUCUAUGCGGUGUUUGCUUUCACAAGUGUCGUGAACCUGAUCAUUGGGCUUGAACAAGAUGGCAUCAUAGAUGGAUUCAUGACCCAUUAUUUGAAAGAGGGUGAACCUUACCUAAACACGGCUUAUGGCCAUGUGAUCUGCUAUUGGGAUGGCUCUGUGCACUAUCUGAUGUAUCUCUUAAUGGUGGCGGCCAUUGCUUGGGAGGAAACUUAUCGGACUAUCGGUCUGUACUGGCUGGGAUCCAUCCUGAUGAGUGUCGUUGUCUUUGUUCCUGGAAAUGUUGUAGGAAAGUACGGAACAAGGAUCUGUCCUGCGCUUUUACUAAACAUACCGUACGUUUGUCUUCCGAUAUGGGCUGGAUUCAGAAUUUAUAAUCAAUCUCCAAAGACCUUCAACUCUACAGCCAAGGCGAUUAAAGAAGUGCAGCAGAAACGACUUCUCAGAAGACCCGUGGACCUCUUCUUGGCUGCAUACUUCAUCUUGGCAACUGGAUUUUGCCUAUUUAGGGGCAUGAUUGCCUUGGACUGCCCAGCUGAACUGUGCCGGUUAUACAACCAGUUUCAUGAACCUUACCUAAAAGAUCCUGCUGCUUAUCCAAAACUUCAGAUGCUGGUGUACAUGUUCUACUCUGUGCCAUAUUACCUCAUGGCGCUCUAUGGCUUACUUGUGCCUGGGUGCUCCUGGAUGCCGGAUUUAACACUUAUACAUGCUGGAGGGCUCGCCCAGGCUCAGUUUUCACACAUUGGUGCCUCCUUACAUGCUAGAACGCCCUACAGCUACAGAGUCCCUGAAGAAGCAAGGGUUUGGUUUCUAAUUCUCAACAUAACAUUUGGAAUCCUUCCUCAGUUACUGGCUUAUAGAUGUGUCCAAAAUCCGGAGUUUUUCUUGAAACCAAAGCCAGAAGAGAAGGCUGAGUGAGAAGACAGAAGUCAUGGAUUUGCGUUUGCAUAACUGGACUGCUGUUACAAAUCCUGGGGUAUGUUCAAAAAGAAGUGCCCUGCCAGUUUUUAAUGUAUCUCUGCUGAAAAUAAAGAUUUAUUCUAUCUUUCAUA